AACAUUGAAAGUUUCUGUGAAAGUGUACCAUGGAUGUAUUAAGACAGCGUGGACUUGUUAACCAACGCUUUCCUGUAUCUAGUAUCUAAUAAUACCCGCUUCGACACACGAAAAUAAAUACACCCUCUUCCAAAAAAAGACGUAGACACAGAGGGGGGCGGAGUCUUCCAAGGCAGUAGGAGGAGAAGGAGGGGAGCAUAUGAGCCUAAGGAGCAGACAGACGCACAGGACUGUGGGGCUCUCCAGCUGAGUUUGUGAACAGCUUUUUGUGUCCCAUCAAAAACUGGACAGGCGGACGGGCUUGACAGACGAGUUGGAGAGAGAUCUUGAAGGGGAUCUUAAAGGCCAGUGUGUUGCCGGUAUCAUUGCUGGCAGAUCUACCAGACCUGCAGAUUUGGAUAAAGAGCUCCUAUCAGCUGUGGCUGACCAGUGACCCCGAUCUGCAGCCAGACCCCCCUUUUGGGUCACCGCUGAGCUAAUAGAUGUGGUCUGGUCGGGCCCGAUGUGGAAUUUGACCCCGGCUGACCCUGUCCCACAAGUAGUCUUUGACUGAGACUCAGCGGAAAGGAAGGAUAAAAGAGCAAGAGGGGCGACUGAGAAGAAAGGAGGAAGAAAAGGAGAAGUGAGAGCAGCAGCACAGCGACUGCUCGUCCAGUAUGCCGGUGGAGACCCUGCGGCCGUCAGACGGCCGUCUGGCCGGGGUUCCCUUCACCUCCGCCAUGCCCUUCAGGAUACUUCACAAGGGUCCAGACUACUUCCGUCGUCAGGCUGAGCCCGGGGCCCGUAAGCUGAGCGCCGUAGAACGCCUGGAGGCCGACAAGGCCAAGUACGUGAAGAGCCAGCAGGUGGCCCUCACCCGCCAGGCCCCCAUCAAACCACCAAUCAUCCGCAAGCCCCUCGUUCCUCCGGGGAUGAUGCUCCAGUGCCAGAUCAGCACUCCUCCGGCCCGCAAAGUUCCCCGCUGCCCAGCUGACGUGGAAAAUCGAGGGGGGAGAGACGGACCAGGAGGAAGAAGAGGACCUGCUCUUAACUUGGAUAUUCUGAAUAAUCUCAUCAAUGAUGUAUGCGACGGACCAGUGCCCUGUUCCCAGUCCUCUUCCUCCACCUCCCCCUCCUCCUCGUCUCCUUCGUCAGGAGCUAAGAGCAUCGGCAGCAGCCUGUCAGCCGAGCAAGAGAGGAGCAACCAACUCCUCAACAACCUCAAACCUUUGAAUCGCGGCACCAUCAACUCCUCGUCCACCUCCUCCUGCACGUCCUCUCCACUCAACAGCAACCUCCGGAUCCCCGCAUCAGAACCCAGCCGCCGCCCCCCCCGUUCCAGCGCGAGUACCCCGGUUAGGGGUUCCGGCGCCCUACAGCUCCCCGAACUCAGUGACCGUGCGCAGGGUGGACGUUCGGCCUCAGCUGACAUUCGGAAGCCCCAGAGGACCCUACUGCAGCCGCAGCUCAGGCCCAGACAGACUGCCCAGGGCCAAGUCCCACACCCCCUGGUCCCACCUCCACCACCCCCUGCACCCUCUCAGAACAAACCCCAACCCCACCCGCAGCUUAUGACCCCCACCCAAACCCUGCCCUCCCCUCCAGUCUACCUCCCGCCUAGUCCCAUGUUGGUCCGAGCCGGCAUGAUCCCGCCAGCCUCCCCCGCCUUCACCCGGAUAUCGAACGCCAGCUCCAAGGGCUCUGCCCGUAAGCACCCGUCCUUGCAUCGCUCCAAGUCGGACCUGAGCGACCGCUACUCGCGCGCCACGGCCGACCUGGAGCGCUUCUUCAACUACUGCGGGCUGGACCCGGGGGAGGUGGAGGGCAUGGGUGGAGUGGAGCGGUUCACAAGAGCCAACUCGGACAUUGUGUCGGUCUCCAAGCUCCGCAGCGUCAGCACGCCCAGCUCGGAGUGCGGGGACGAGGCCGCCCAGGCAAGGGAGGACGGGGGAGACGAGGACGCCGACGGCGGGCCCGCAAGAGCCAACGAACGGGUCCCCUACGGCAUCUCCGUCAUCGAGAGGAACGCGCGAGUCAUCAAGUGGCUGUACGGCAUCCGUCAGGCGCGAGACGCCAACAACGCUGUCUCUAACGUAUAGACUAACAAGGACUUCAAAGUCAAACAGGGAAGCAGUACUUUUUGUAUUGUAUACAUAUACGUCGGAAGACGGGAAAGACCAUCUGUUCAUCUUCUGCUGCCUUACAUCACAUUUAAGGAUUUAAGUAGUUUGCUUAUUUUCUAGUUCCUGUCAAGACUCUCACGUUUUGGAAGUUACACAUCAGUAAUUUGUUAUCUGGGCUGCAAGUCAGGACUGCUUCCCUGCAGGACGAAACGGACGAUACAUUUCCCUUUUCUUUCACUUGAUCUUGUAUGACAAUAUUGGUUUACGAAAGCAAUAAUAGACUGGUAUAAAUGAUGAUGUGAGCAUGAAGGCAGAGGAUUUUUGCAAUUGUGGUUGCUCGUGUAAAGGUACUUUGUUUGUGUGCGUGUGUGCGUGUCUGUGUGUACCAGAGAGCUCCGCAGCACAAAGCCACUGGAACUUGGCUGCAAACUGCUGGAGACUCUGAUGCUACACAGUUGAAGAGAACCACGAUGAUACUGUGAAACUUCACAAAAAAAAAGCUUCCAUAAACACAUUUGUAUUUUCAAAAAAUCUUUUGGCUGUAAGACUGUUAUUAUACAAUUUUCUGUCAGCAUGCGAGUGGAACAUUUGUACACAUUUUUAUUUUAGGGUUUGCCACGUCAACAAAGCACACACUCUGCUCAUACACAGAUUAUCACUUCAUGGCACAGACGUGCGUUCAGGUCAAUUCCAGUAAAUGUGGGAGCAGCUGCAGUUGGUGCUGUGUGUAUAUCUGACUGUAACAUUGUCUAGGUGUGUGAUUGCAUCUGAAAUAUGGUCUCAUGUCUUGGAUGAUGCUGCACUGGUGCAGUGAGCGAAAUCUGUUUACUAUGUAUGUCUUGGCAUGGAUGAGAGAGCAAGUCAUAUGAUGGUUGAAGUAAGUGCAGCAUGAAAAAGUUAUUUUACCUCCAGUAAGAAUGGAGAGAAAAUCUAAGAAUGGAUAAAAGGAAGACCGAAAAGAGCAUAUUCAUAGAAAAAAAAAAUAUAUCUAUGGUGGUUCUGAAAGUGACUCAGGAAAA